GGGGCAGCCAUGGAAUGGCGUCAGUCCGCUCCCGAAGCCAACUAGCGGGCAGUUCCUGAACUUUUCGCUUCUAUCGAUGACGUUAGUUUGGCGUCUCGCCGUCAGUGUGAAGGUUGGCUUGUUAGUAAACAGACGUGGUGCAUAAUUAACCUGCAAAAUUAGUGUUUUUCGUCUAUUGUUAGUGUCUUAAGUGUUUCCUUUGAUGUUUUACAAUGAACUUGGAGCUACUGGAAUCAUUUGGUCAGAACUAUCCUGAAGAGUUUGAUGGCACCCUUGACUCUCUUUCUAUAGCGGUGACGUGUGCUUUCAACAAAAGGGGCACUUUAUUAGCUGUGGGGUGUAAUGACGGUCGAAUCGUUGUCUGGGACUUCCUCACUAGAGGAAUCGCUAAAAUUAUAUCAGCACACGUCCAUCCGGUAUGCAGCAUAAGUUGGUCCAGAAACAGCCAUAAAAUAGCGUCGGCUUCCACAGACAACACCGUCUGCAUCUGGGAGGUUUUGUCGGGGGAUUGUGAGCAAAAGUACCGUUUUCCUUGUCCAAUAUUGAAGGUCCAAUUCGAACCACGAAACUCUGAGAGGUUGCUGGUGUGUCCCAUGAAACACGCCCCCAUUUUGGUGGAUACCAACGGGGUACACGAGGUGCUACCGAUCGACGAAGACGGGGAUUUGAAUAUUGCGGCGUCCUUUGAUCGUAGGGGCGAGCACGUUUACACCGGAAACGCCAAAGGGAAAGUCUUGGUUCUGGAUAGUAAGAGUCUGGGAGUGAAGGCCAGUUUUAGGAUAGUGUUGGGUAGCUCCAGUGCUACCGCGGUCAAAAGUAUCGAGUUUGCUAGAAGGGGAGAUAAUUUUUUAAUUAAUACGGCCGACAGGGUCAUCAGGGUCUACGAUAGUAAAGAGAUAUUGGCUUGCGGCAAGGAUGGGGAGCCGGAACCCAUACAGAAACUGCAGGAUUUAGUUAAUAAAACGAUGUGGAAGAAAUGUUGUUUUUCUGGGGACGGUGAGUAUAUUUGCGCGGGUUCGGCCAGACAGCACGCCCUUUACAUUUGGGAGAAAUCCAUAGGGAACUUGGUGAAAAUUCUUCACGGGACUAAGGGGGAACUUUUGGUUGAUGUCGCUUGGCAUCCUGUCAGGCCCAUUAUUGCCAGCAUUUCUUCAGGCGUGGUGAGCGUUUGGGCCCAAAACCAAGUGGAAAACUGGUCGGCGUUCGCGCCAGACUUCAAAGAACUGGACGAGAACGUCGAAUACGAGGAGAGAGAGAGCGAAUUCGAUCUGGAUGAUGAGGAUAAAUCGGUGGCGAGCGGCGGGGAUGCCAAGGAGGACACCGACUUAGAAGUGGACGUGUGUCAAAUUGAGAAGGUGGCGGCCUUUUGUAGUAGCGACGAGGAGGACGAGAACGUCGAUUGUUUGCAAUUUUUGCCGAUAGCUCCCGAGAUCGAAGAUCCGGAGGAUAAUUGGACACCGGCGGACUCCAACUUGACCAGCGCCGCCCAAACCCUCGGUCCACCCCCGGCCAAAAAGAAGAAAUACAAAUCGUACGAUAUCGCGUUAGAAAACGUCACCGACGGAGAAGUCCACCCCCUAAUAUCGAAUAAAUCCAAGGAUAAGCAGAACAGCCUGGUGAAGAAAGCGGUAGGAAGGCCCAAGCUGAAAUAAUCAUUAUUUUUCUCCUUAAAUUGUACUUCAUACAUUCCAAAUAAAACGCUGAAUUAUGGUUAAUCAACAAAUAUAUUUUGUCUAUUUUA